AUGUGCAAUUAUUUUCUUCCUAGCAACGCCUCUUGGCUUGCAAGGGACAAGUUGAAGAGACAGAAGAAAACUGGUUUGGUGAGGAAAUACAUUAAAGAAUUUACCUCUGUAAUGUUAGACAUCAAUAAUAUGUCUGAUGAGGAUAAAUUACAUAACUUCAUUUCGGGUAUGCAAGGAUGGGCACAAAACGAACUUCAGAGGCAGAAUGUUAAGGAUCUUCUUGGAGCAAUUGUUGUUACUGAUUCGUUGGUUGAUUUUCGGAUGACGCAUCCUGUGACUGAUAUUACUUCUAUUUCAAAAACUAAGAAAAAAGAUUACAAGAAGGGGGAGUGGAAAAGGGAUAAUUGUAAGUACAAUACUAAUGAAAAAGGGAAGGCACCAAUGAAGGAAUGUAAAGACAAACCAAAGAAUAAAGAUGAUGGAAUGAUGGUUAUGAAUGAAAGCAAUUCUGAAUUUCCUAAGGGUGUUCAUCCAUUCGGAAAGCAACAUACUGAUGUGGUGCCACCUGAAUUACCAAAGAAGUUACCAGCAAGAAGGGAUAUCGAUCAGAAGAUUAAGUUACUACUAGGUACAGUUGCUCCUGCAUACGCUCCUUAUUGUAUGACUCCUACAGGGUUGGCUGAAUUGUGUAAGCAAUUGAAUGAUUUGUUGGAUGCUGGUCUGAUUCAACCUUCUAAGUCUCCCUAUGGUGCUCCUAUUUCGUUCCAAAAUAAGCAGGAGAGGACAAUGAGAAUGUGUGUAGAAUACAGGGCGCUAAACAAGGCAAAUGUGAAUAAUAAGUAUACGGUUCCAUUGGUGCAAGAUUUGAUGGACAUGUUGAGAAAGGCAUGCUGGUUCACUAAACUUGAUAUCAGGGCAGGUUAUUAG